AUGAACGUCAACGUCAACCCCAACAUGGCCAACAUGAACGCCAUGGGCGGCCCUGUCGGUGCUCCCGUGCCCAUGAUGAAUAAUGGCGCAGUCGCUCCUCAGGUCGCUGGCCCCCGACAAAUGCCUGUUCCCACCGAGAGCCAAAGAACUUUGCUCAACACCUACAUUUACGAAUACUUUCUCCGCCACCAAAUGUUCGACUGCGCGCGAUCGCUUGUCAACGGAGAUCAUCAAAUAAACGUCACUAAGGAUGGUGCGAAUCGACGGAGGGAUGAGAAUGGCAAUCUGCUUGGGAAUGGCUUGGGUGACGAUCCAAUGGAUACCGACUCCAAGGAUGACAUUGACGCGAAGCUCCCUGACGAUCUCCCCGCUCCCAAACUGCCCAUGCCUGCUUCCGAAUCAUCCUUCUUGUACGAGUGGUUCUGCCUGUUCUGGGAUAUUUUCAACGCGCAACGUACCAAGGGCGGCAACGGCCCUGUGAAUCAAUACGUCAGCCACACCCAGCAACAAUCCCGCAUGCGCCAAAACCAGCAGCAGGAGCUUCUCCGUCAGAUGCGCCCCGAGGGCCUGGCCGCUCAGCAGCAAUAUCACAACCAGAUGAUGCGCAACAUGCAGAAUGGUGGCAUGGCCAUGAACAUGAAGCAGGGAAACCUCGCGCGCACAGCCAUGGCAAACAAUCAGAACAACCCCCAAGCCAUGCAGAUGCUUCAGCAUAAGCAGACCCAAAUGCAACGCGACCCGUCUGACAUGGAGGGAAACCGACAGCGCCCCUCCUCGCCUGGUUCUGGCGAAAAUGCUCCUUCACCCUCAAAGCGACCUCGCCUGGACGGAACGCCUUACAACCCGAGUCAGCCUGGGAUGAUGCCGAAUGGGAGACCACAGCAGGGCAUGCCAGGCCAGCAGGUGGGGACCGCCCCAAACGUAGCUCAAGCCCAGCAAAUGCUCAUCACCAACGGCAUUAACCCGGCACAGCUGACCCAGCAGCAGUUCACGACAUUUUCAAACCAACCACCUGCUGUCCAAGCGAAGUCCAUUGCCACAUACGCUGCGAACCUGCAGCAACACCAAGCCAGUCAGAUGCCAAACAAGCCUAUGCCUAAUGCGGCCGGUCCUCAAGGUCAAGGUUCCCCUAUGAUGGCACAGGGCCCUGAUCAAGCUGGGCUGGCCGCAUACUAUAACGCCGGCGAGAUGCCUGCCGGCAUUCGACCUGGCCCUGGCGGUGCCCAGGCCGGCGGUGGAAGUAACCACGCUCUGCAAGAUUAUCAAAUGCAGCUAAUGCUUCUGGAGCAGCAGAACAAAAAGAGACUCAUGAUGGCUCGACAGGAACAGGACAGCAUGGGUGGUGCUAUGCCAAGAGGAGACGGCCCUGCCGGCCCUGGCGGUCCCGGUGCUCCUCCAGGCCCCAACGGCCAGCCAUUCCCUGAGACUUCCCCUCAAGGUGCUAGGACAGGAGCCUCGCCCAAUCCGACAGAGCAGAUGAAGCGUGGUACGCCCCAGAUGAAUAACGCGGGCAUACCUUCACCCUUGCCGGAGGGCGCCCAGUCUCGAGGCUCCCCCAAUCCCAUGAACUUCAUGGGCAAUCAGAUGGACCCCAACAUGGCACCCCACUUCUUCAAGGGCAUGGCGAAUAUGGAUGGGAACAUGGUGCCAAAUCCUCAGAUCAAUGGCAUGCGCCCACCUAGCUCGCAUCCAGGCCAGACCUUCAAUGGCCAAAUGAACCCUCAACAGAUGAUGGCUGCGAGACAACAGCAACAACAGCAACAAGCGGCUCAGCAGCAGCAGCAAGGUCAGCCUCCGCAACAACAGCAACAGCAGCCUCAACAAGGUGGUCAAGGCAAUCAACCUGUGCAAUGGCAAGGAGGUCCGAACGGCAACCAGAUGGUACCUCAGGGCCCUCAAGGUCAAGUCCAGGGCACCCCUCAGCAGCGAUCAAUGCCACCACCGUCUGCGCCUGCCGCUGCGAACGCAAACCGUACAAACACCUCGUCCCCUCAGCAAGCAACUGCAGCUCCACCCACUCCUUCGCAAGCCAAUAAGGCCGCGCCGAAGAAGAAGGAUAACAAGAACGCAAAGGCCAAGGCUGCCACACAAAAGAAGUCAAACCCCAAUCUCAACAGCGGAGCCACGCCGGCGGCUGAUGGCACUCAAGACCAGGAGCCGCCAACCCCGGCGACGCCCAUUACUCCUGUCAACCCCGCGAGCUUCAAAGCUGGCCAGAACGCGCCAGUUUCCGCCGUUCCCAAUGGACAGCCUCCAGCUCCCGCAGCCGCACCUGCGCCCCAGGUCGCUCCUCAAGCUCACUCGGAUGCCAACCAGAACGGAUCGUUUGGCAUGGACAGCACGAAUGGCAUGGUCGAUUUCGGCGCCAUGGCGUUUGCGGACCCUCUCGUCUCCGAUAACGUCCUAAACGAUUUCGAUUUCGAUUCGUUCUUACACGAAGAUGGUGAUAAUCAAGCCUUUGACUUCAAUACCGGCUCUUUCGGCAUGGAGGGUGCCAACGAGAUCGGCGCAGACUAG